ACAACAAAGCUUGUUAUGGCGCUUGAAACCGCGCGAGAUUGCUUGGUGAUUUGUUGUUGGUGUCUGCCUUGCACAAAUUUGUUUAUCUUACGAUGAGAGGCUUUAUUAUCUGGUUAUGUUGAUGCAGCAGACUACGUCGUCGUGUGUGCAGUGGUGAUGCCUGUCAGUUUCGGACUACGUACUCCAGGUGCACUGUCCUCUGGGAAAACGAACUGUGCUCGACAGUCCUGAUCAGGUUCUGUGUUCAAGUCGUCUUCACUAGUGGUGAUGAAGUAAUGCAAACCUGAAACUGUAGUCUGGACUUCUAACACGACAUUAUUCUCGUUCUACUGUUUCCUACCUUGUCAGUCAGGGAGAAAGAUAAAAGCCGCCAAGUACACACGCAAGUGCACGCGCAGCUUGUGACAAGACGACCUAACUUUGUUGAACUUCUGACCGCAUAAACCUCAGCGACAAGUCCUUCAGUUGCUGCCCCGUGAUAUCAAACCAUUUUAAGAUGGGUCUCAGUAGCAGAGUCCUUUCUGUCUUCAUCCUCACCUUCUUUGCGCCUUGUACAACGGAAGACUACCCUUUCCGCAACGUGUCCCUUCCAUGGGACACAAGGGUAGAUAAUCUGGUGUCCUUGCUGACGCUGGAGGAGCUGCAGUCGCAGAUGGCGUUUGGGGGGCACGGGCCUGACGUCAGCCCCGCCCCUCCCAUCGCCCGCCUGGGGGUGGGGCCGUACUCUUGGAACACGGAGUGUCUGCGGGGCGACAUCCAGGCCGGACCUGCGACAUCUUUCCCUCAGGCUCUGGGCCUUGCGGCAUCUUUCAGCCCCGACCUAGUGGAGCGAGUAGCACGUGCCACAGGGUUAGAGGUCAGGGCCAAAUACAACAACUACACCAAACACGGGCUGUAUGGCGACCACCGCGGCCUCAGCUGCUUCUCCCCCGUCAUCAACAUCAUGAGGGACCCCAGGUGGGGCCGCAACCAGGAGACAUACGGCGAAGAUCCCAUACUCAGCGGUAUCCUAGCAACCAGUUUCGUACAUGGUCUUCAAGGGAACGACACGCGUUACAUUCUGACUAACGCAGGCUGCAAGCACUUUGAUGCUCAUGGCGGACCGGAGAACAUUCCUGUCUCAAGAUUUUCUUUUGAUGCACAGGUUUCAGACAGGGACUGGCAGACCACGUUCUUACCUGCCUUCAAGGCUUGCGUUGAGGCCGGCACCUACAGUCUCAUGUGCAGCUACAACAGCAUCAAUGGUGUCCCGGCCUGUGCCAACAAGAAGCUGCUGACGGACAUCCUCCGCAACGACUGGGGCUUCACUGGCUACGUGGUCAGUGACCAGUCAGCCCUCGAGCGGAUCAUCACUGACCACCACUACGUCGACGACAACGUCACUGCUGCUGCCGACGCCAUCAACGCUGGCUGCAACCUGGAGGUUUCUCGCAACAAUGUGGAUGCAGUUUUCACUUACAUUGUGGAAGGUGUGAAAUCGGGCCAAAUACAAGAGGACACAGUUCGUGAGAGAGCUAAACCUCUCUUCUACACGCGCAUGCGCCUGGGAGAGUUUGACCCUCCCUCAAUGAACCCCUACACAGAUUUGAACGUGUCCAUCGUCCAGAGCCCCGACCACCAGGCUCUUGCAUUGGAAGCCGCCAUGAAAAGCUUUGUACUGCUUAAAAACCGCAACAGCUUUCUACCGUUGAAACAAACUGUAUUUAACAGAGUUUCUGUUGUAGGGCCAUUGUCAAACAAUGUCACCUCUCUGUACGGGGACUACUCUCCAACUAUUAACGAGACCUUAACAAGCACACCUCUCGACGGCUUGAGUCAGCUGGGUGUCUCGAUUAUCAGCACCGACGGCUGUUCUGACGCCAGGUGUGUCGACUACGACCCGUCGCGCAUAAAGGUCGCAGUGGAGGGAGCCGACAUUGUGUUUGUGUGCCUUGGAACGGACAACCAGAUUGAGAGCGAAGGCAACGAUCGUGCUGACCUUAAGUUACCAGGGCAACAGCUGCAACUGCUACAGGAUGCCGUGACUUUUAGUAACGGGGCACCAGUGGUCCUGCUGUUGUUUAACGCGGGGCCUCUGAACAUCACGUGGGCAGACGAAAGUCCGGCUGUGGUGGCCAUACUGGAAUGCUUCUAUCCUGCACAGGCCACGGGGACAGCACUCUAUCGCGUCUUGACCAACUACGGUGGUGUUAGUUCCCCUGGUGCGCGUCUCCCCGCUACCUGGCCCAUGUUAGCAUCACAGAUUCCAGACAUGGUGAACUACUCAAUGGCUGGCAGAACCUACCGGUACUUUGAAGGCCAGGCUCUGUAUCCUUUUGGCUACGGCCUGUCAUAUACUACCUUCACCUACAGUGACCUCAAGACGCCGCCUACUGUGAACCCGGGUCAAGACCUCUCGCUCCAGGUUACCGUCAGCAACACGGGACUGUACACUGCCGAUGAGGUUACACAGGUGUACAUUACCUGGGUGAAUUACCCAGUGCCGACUCCAAAACUACAGCUUGUGGCCGUGGCACGUACGACCUUGACCUCUGGCAAGGCUGCGACCCUGAACCUGACGGUGCCUGCACGAUACUUAGCUGUUUACACAGACAGUGGAUGGGAGACCCUUCCAGGUAAGAUACGUAUAUACGUCGGAGGACAGCAGCCUGGACAGCAACGGUCUGUGGGAUCCAACGUUCUGAGUGCCGACGUCAUCAUUGCAGGAUUUGUUGUUGUUUCCAGCUGAUGGAGAACUUGUCUCCCUUUGUACUACUGCUCCUAAACAAACUUUUAUAUUGUAUUUUAGAUGCACCUAGUUUGUUUGAGAUGUCAAAUAUUACCAGUCGUCCUGCUUGAAAACGAAUCGGAAAGGGAAACAUGUUUUCAUGAAGUCGUAGAUGAGCAAGAGAAGGCACUGUCGUUACCAACAAGCACAAGUGUGUAUAUGGUGCUUGUAGCUAUGCUACAUGUCUAGUCUGCCAGGUUUUGCAUAUCUUCAAGUAGAUUUUCCCUUUGUGAUGCUGGCAUAGUAGAACGAGUUAAAAGUUCACCGUGUGCUGGAUGUGGCGGAGCUCUGCUGCAUGAAGGGCGCUGUCGGCUCACACAAAGCUCUCAGUGUAAUUUAUUUACAAGGGAAUCAUGCGUGUCUGAUAACUACUAUCAUAACAGGACUUACUUAUACAAUGUAAUAUUAUUUAUUUAAUUUUAGCAUCAUAAAAUCAUUGUCACCAUUGAACAGACAAUGUUACUUAUAAGUGUUAUAAGUGUGUAUUAUUUAUUAUUAUUAUUAUACACUGAUACUAUUAAACAGCCAGUAAAAGUG